GGGAGACGUGGUGUCGCUGCGGGCUCGCUCUCCCGCUCGCUAGGCUUGGUGGGAAGGCCUGUUCUCGAGUCCGCGCUUUUCGUCGCCGCCAUGUCGGGAGGUGGUGUGAUCCGUGGCCCGGCAGGGAACAACGAUUGCCGCAUCUACGUGGGUAACUUACCUCCAGACAUCCGAACCAAGGACAUUGAGGACGUGUUCUACAAAUACGGUGCUAUCCGCGACAUCGACCUGAAGAAUCGCCGCGGAGGACCGCCCUUCGCCUUCGUUGAGUUCGAGGACCCGCGAGACGCAGAAGACGCGGUGUAUGGUCGCGACGGCUAUGAUUACGAUGGAUACCGUCUGCGGGUGGAGUUUCCUCGAAGCGGCCGUGGUACCGGCCGAGGCGGCGGCGGGGGUGGUGGCGGCGGGGCUCCCCGAGGGCGCUAUGGCCCCCCAUCCAGGCGUUCUGAAAACAGAGUGGUUGUCUCUGGACUGCCUCCAAGUGGAAGCUGGCAGGAUUUGAAGGAUCACAUGCGUGAAGCAGGUGAUGUAUGUUAUGCUGAUGUUUACCGAGAUGGCACUGGUGUCGUGGAGUUUGUACGGAAAGAAGAUAUGACCUAUGCAGUUCGAAAACUGGAUAACACUAAGUUUAGAUCUCAUGAGGGAGAAACUGCCUACAUCCGGGUUAAAGUUGAUGGGCCCAGAAGUCCAAGUUAUGGAAGAUCUCGAUCUCGAAGCCGUAGUCGUAGCAGAAGCCGUAGCAGAAGCAACAGCAGGAGUCGCAGUUAUUCCCCAAGGAGAAGCAGAGGAUCACCACGCUAUUCUCCCCGUCAUAGCAGAUCUCGCUCUCGUACAUAAGAUGAUUGGUGACACUUUUUUGUAGAACCCAUGUUGUAUACAGUUUUCCUUUAUUCAGUACAAUCUUUUCAUUUUUUAAUUCAAAACUGUUUUUGUUCAGAGUGGGCUAAAGUGUUGAAUUGCAUUCUUGUGUAAUAUCCCCUUGCUCCUAACAUCUACAUUCCCCUCAUGUCUGAUAAAUUGUAUUUUAAGUGAUGUCAUAGACAGGAUUGUUUAAAUUUAGUUAACUCUCCAUGCUCUUCAGACUGUGAUACUGUGUAAAUGUCUAUUCUGCUCUGGUUUGUGUGAACUGGGAUGUUGGGGGUGUUGGUGGUUAUCUUACCUGGGGAAGUUCUUAUGUUUAUCUUGCUUUUCAUGUGUCUUUCUGUAGACAUAUCUGAAGAGAUGGAUUAAGAAUGCUUUGGAUUAAGGAUUGUGGAGCACAUUUCAAUCAUUUUAGGAUUGUCAAAAGGAGGAUUGAGGAGGAUCAGAUCAAUAAUGGAGGCAAUGGUAUGACUCCAAGUGCUAUUGUCACAGAUGAAAUUGGCAGUAUUGACCUUAUACUAAAAGGCAAGGGUUUAAAGUGAUUAUAUACAUCUAUCUUAAAACACUUGAAAACAUUUUAUGCAGUUAUAUUUGGCUACAAUUGCUUUACUCUUUAAAACUCUGGCAAUUGUGGCAAAAUUACAUGGCCCAUUUUGUAACAAUUUGUUUUGCUCCCUUCCCUUUUUUGUUUUAUUAGGGACUAAUGUGGGAAGAACUGAUUAAUUUGUCACAGUGCUUAGUUACAACUGUUAAUGUGUGACCUGCUGUUGGUGUACUUGUGGGUACAGGGUGUCUUUAAUUCCAACCAGAUAGAGUAUAAUAUCAAUACUGCUAAAUCUGCAUGUCCUCUGUGUGACUGAUAUAAUAGCGUUGCUACUUCAUUUUUUUAAGACAAAAUGAAAGCAAAAUAAUAGAAUUCCAAUUUAUUGGUGUAGAUAAUCUAGUUGGGAAUACUUUUUAAGUCUCACGUUCCCCUUUAAUAUUCAUAAUUGACUCAUGUUUAAAACACUUUAAUUUACAAAUUAAAUUGCAGUUGGGAGCAUUAGAUUUAGUUUAGACUUAGGUGGGUAGCAAUACCAGUAAACUUUUAAACUACAUAACUUUUUGCAACCACAAAACCUGUAAUACGCUGUACAGUAACAAGUGUUGGCAUUAUCAGUUGAACUGUAAAUAUAAAAUGCUUCUUCCAGUUAGUCUCUAUGAUGAUUAAGUUUCUAAAAUUUAUCUGAACACCAUUCAGAAACUUGUUUUGGGGAAUUUGAUAGUUAUUGAUGUACAUCUGUUAAACUGAUGACAGACAUAACUCAUCAUUCCCCAGAAACCUUUUUUGAUUACAGUAUCUAACAUUUUGCCUCCUCUUUUUUGGUUUUGCUGGUUAUAAAGGUUUGGAUUGGAGAGGGCUCACUGGAUCCCAAUCCUUGGAGCUGGAUCAUUGGAUUCAAAUCAUAAUGUGGAUAGGAUAGGGAGGAUGAAUUACAAGGAUUCAUGGAGCGGGAUCAGAUUACCAGGAACAUAGGAGUGGAUUCCUGCCCCAACCAAACCGCAUUCGUGUGGAUUUUUUUUUUUUUUUUUUUUUUAUUCAACUUAAUUGGCUAUUCCAAAGAUUUUUUUUUUUUUCCUAUUUUUGACGAUUGGAGCCCUUAAGAUGCACGAUGGAAUUGUGUUUUGCAUUUUUGGUAAAAGGAGCAAAGCGAGGACCUGGAGAUAAACGCUGGAGCAAUCUCCUUGGAAGGAUUCAGCACGAGUAGAUGGUAAACAUUUAAAGGGGAAAGGGGGGGUUUGUUUAAAAUAGUAAAUCAGUAAGUCACUUCUAAAUUUAAAGAAAACAAAAUUGGAGUUGAAGAAUAAGUAGGUUUCCAAUUGGCUAUUGCCAUUUUUCUUUGAAAAAAAUAAACAUUUUUUAAAAAAC